UUUAAUAGCACGCGUGACAAUUAGUUUGGUAUAUUUAGUAAUAUUAUUUUGAUUCGUGUUGUAUACGUUUUUUAAAUUAAGUAUAUAAUACAGCUUGGUGUAUAUAUUUGUUUUGUUUUACCUGUGAAGAGGAAAAAUAGAAAUGCCGGGUAUGUUAUUUCUAUAUUGACUUCUAAUAACGUGCGGCGCCGAUACUUCAUUCAUAGUCGUUUUUAUUAGUUUUGCUUCGGAUAUAAAAUAUACAUAUAUAAAAACAAAGUGUAAUAGUCUUUUGUAUUUUAAAAAUAAGGUGAAAUAGAUAAAAAUAAUUUGUAAAUAAAGGCUGUUACGUAAAUAUUCGUUUGACGCUAGCUGUCAACUAUGAAAAUGAAAGUUCACAGGGAAAGGUUCCAGUCCAGCAGUAGUACAGAUGAUAAUGAAUCAGGUUCGGAUCAUGAACAUGAAGAUCACCUACCGCAAGUACAAAUAUCAAAUAUGACUAAUCAUGCUAUUGGUACCCCUGUUCGGAAACGUAGAGGCAAUUUACCAAAACACUCUGUGAAAAUUUUGAAGCGGUGGCUCUAUGAACAUCGUUACAAUGCUUACCCAAGUGAUGCAGAAAAACUUACCCUUUCCCAGGAGGCUAAUCUUACAGUGUUGCAAGUGUGUAAUUGGUUUAUAAAUGCCAGAAGAAGAAUAUUACCUGAAAUGAUUAGAAGAGAAGGCCACGAUCCUUUGCAUUACACUAUUUCCAGAAGAGGCAAGAAGUUAUCUGGUGUAGGAAAUAUUGUAGAGCAGCCAACAGCCAAUUGGAAUGGAGAAUUACAAACUGUAGGUGGAAAACGUAUACGUUUGGAUCACGAUUAUGACGAUAGUAUGACGUUGAUGUAUCGGUCCGAAGAAGACAGUCCCAACGAAUAUGAGAGCUCGAGUCCAAGCGAAGAAGAAAAGUUUACACCAUGGCAGACCGUUAUCAGAUACGGAGUGGCUAAAGAUUCAAGUCACCCUGCUAAUCGAGGAUCUCCUCAGGAAAAAGUGGCUGGAAAUGACUAUUGGAGUGCUCCUCAUCCUCAAUUAGCUCACUUACCUCAGCUGCCACAUCCGUUAUCAAAUCCUAAAGUGCAGGUCAUGCCGGCACAUCCAGUGAAUCCCCUGUUAAAUUCAGACCCCCUCACAAAUGAAGGGGAAGAUAAAGAUAAGUUCAAAUGUUUGUAUUUGCUAGUUGAGACGGCCGUAGCUGUAAGACAGAGAGAAAAGGAGCAAGAAGAUACACAGAUUUAGCCUCCAACAGUGUCUGCCACUGUUAUGCCAAUUGUGCCUUGCUUUACAUAAGAGCUCAAAAAGAUCCCUUUUUUUACAAUAACAAACCAGUUUCCCUUUUUGCCAGUCGUCUGGCAAAUACUUGUGCCAAUAAAAUUUUUAACCGUUUUGUUAUUGUAAAAAUGUAUUUUUAUGAAGUUAAAAAUCGUGUUGUUUCUUGUUUUCUUAAUAUAGUGUUUAGUUUUUAACAUUAGUCAACACAUUUUAAUGAUUAGUAUGUGAUGAGUUCAGUUAAUGCAAGAGUGAUAUUAAUACCAUAAUAGAAUAUAUCGUUAAUUUUCAAUUUUUCAUUUAGCCAAAUAAUUUCGUCGGAUUUAUUUUAUAAUUGUCUCGUCAAUUUGUUGUAUUGGGACUGUUAAACUUGUCUUGGCAGAAGUUUGAUGAAAAUUGUCAAACUGUGGCUUUGUAGUUUUUUAUUGCGUGUUUUCCUAAAUUGAUUUUUUUUUAUAUAGUAAAAUAGGAUAAAUGUUUUUGAUAAUUAUCAAAUAAUCCAAACUUCUGUCAAAAUAAUAAAAAUGGUCCGUUGAAGAAGGCAACUUAAUGAUUUGAGAAAAUUUGCUAAUAGCCGACACUAUUCAAAAGUUGAUUAUCUUGAAUUUUAAUGGAAUUGAAUUUUUUUACAAUAAAAGUAUAUAAUUUCAUUAUAUUUCAAAUGUUAGACUGCAUUUAACAGUGAAUAUGAAUGAUUUUAAUCAUUUAUAUCACAUAUAUGUUGUAGUACUGUUGUACCUAUUAUUCAUUAUUGUAGAUAAAUUAAUGCAUCAAGGGCCGAUUUCAUAAUCACACUAAAGUCGAUUUUAAAAUAAAAAUAAUAGUAACAUAUUGGGACGAUGCUUUAAAGCUCCAUUAAAUUUUAGUUUACUAUAAAAUCGGCUCUAACUAUACAUUUCAGUGAACCAGUUUUAGCCGUGACGUACUUUAUUUGGCUAAUUACUAGUAGAUAAUACAAAUUUUUGACGAGAUAAUUCCUUGUACUUAUUUAAACGAUCUGAGGUGUCAUGAAUUAAAAAAUUGUACCUGUUAUUGCAUUUUCAAGAUAUCGUAUAUCAUAAAUGUUUCUUAGUAGAUGGUACAUGAAUAUUAUUACAGUUAAAUAUAAGAAAUCUUUUAUAUAUUACAAUUUUAAUAAAAGAAACCUUUGUAAACUAUGUAAAUUGAAAAUUAUUGUUUGUGAGAGACAAACUGUAUUAGCUAGUAUGUUAUAUAAUUUGACUCUCGACACUUACAUAGAGUAAUGGUGUAAUAAUUUAAUUUAAGACUGUUUUGACAGUCAAGUCGAAUGUUAGUGUAUAUAAUUUCAAAUUUUUAUAGAAUUUUAUGUUUUAUUUUGGCAUGCAUAUUUCUUCCAAACUAGAACUGUUAUGUUUUUUUCUGAUACGCUUGCAAGAAAUAACCGUUGGUUAUUUAACGAAAUGUGUUUUUUAACUUUGAUGAAAUCAUUUCGUGAAAUGAGAACGUUUUUGAAAGGAAGCUCAACACAUUUUUAAAUUUCAUAUUUGUUAAUUCGUGAAGGGACCAAUAUAAGUAAAUAAUGGUAUUCAGUUAUAAAAUUUCAUAAAUAUUUUUAAGAUUUAUUAACAUUAGAAUCCAAGGUAUUAAAAUUAAAAAAAAAUGUUCUUGUCAAAUAUUUGGGUUGUAAAUAACUUAUUACUACUUUUUAUUAAACUAUAUCUCAACAUAAUUGAUAUUGAAAAUAGGGUACAACAGUGUGGGCAUAAUUUAGCUUAAUACGAACAACUUAAUCGAUUUGUUUCUCAAAAUAAAUUUUAUAAAUAAUCGGAAGAAAGAAAUAUGUAUGCUGAAAUGCUCACUGCCAGUAAAUAUGAAUGCUGAAAUAGAACCAAAAUUCUUUGAAUUUGGUUAGACGUCAUCCUUUGUAUAUAUCUACCUAAGUAGGUACGUAAUUGUUAAAUAAAGAUGUUUAAGAAGAAA